AUGAACAGGUUUGAAAAGAAAGAUGACGAUGAGUAUGAGUUCCCAUUCGAGAAUUUGGACAAGGGACAGGUAGUUCAAGAGAAGAGAGCAUUCAAUGAUACACAGUUGCAACCAAGACAGUGCGCGUUGGUUAUUUCAAAGUUCUUGUAUCUGUUGUCACGUGGAGAUACAUUCACAAAGACAGAGGCAACUGAUAUAUUCUUUGCUGCGACAAAGUUGUUCCAAUCAAAGGAUAUACCAUUGCGUAGAAUGACCUAUCUGUUGCUCAAGGAGUUCUCCACCAUCUCACAGGACGCCAUCAUCGUCACCAGUUCACUCAUCAAGGAUAUGUCGCACAAGAUCGAACUAUAUCGUGCCAAUGCCAUUAGAGUACUUUGUAAGAUUAUUGAUGCAUCAUCACUGCCACAGGUUGAGAGACAUUUCAAGCAGUCGAUUGUCGAGAAGGAUCCACAUGUAUCGUCUGCGGCAUUGGUAUCCAGCAUUCACUUGCUCAAGGUCAGUCCAGAGACUGUCAAGCGAUGGGCCAACGAGGUACAGGAGGCCAUCUCAAACAAAUCCAACAUGGUCCAAUACCAUGCACUCGCUCUUCUGCACCGUAUCAAGCAGCAUGAUCGUCUGGCCGUUACCAAGCUGGUCAGCUCACUCAUCCGUGGAUCAUUAAGAUCACCAUAUGCUCAAUGCUAUCUCAUUCGUUGUGCUGUCGAAGUGAUCGAAGAGACCAACACAGAUGACCGUACAUUCUAUGACUAUAUUGAGAGUCGUCUGAGAGAUAGGAACGAAAUGGUCGCUUAUGAAGCAGCCCGCUCGGUAUGCUCACUCAAGAACUCCUCACUCAAGGAGCUCACAUCGGCAGUGGGCGUGCUCCAGUUGUUCUUGAGCUCAUCCAAGCCAACGCUUCGCUUUGCCGCCGUACGUACACUCAACAAACUUGCACAGACCAAUCCAGUCGCAGUUGUUCCAUGCAACCUCGACAUGGAGAACCUCAUCACAGACUCCAACAGAAGCAUUGCUACACUCGCAAUCACCACACUGCUUAAGAUUGGCAAUGAAUCCAAUGUAGAGAGAUUGAUUAAACAGAUUACUAACUUCUUGGGCGACAUCAAUGAUGAGUUCAAGGUUGUUGUGGUCGAGUCGAUCACAAUGCUCAGCAUCAAGUUCCCCAAGAAGUACAAGCACUUGAUCCUGUUCCUCAACAAGAUUCUUCGCGACGAAGGAUCACUCCAACUCAAGCAGAAGACUCUCGAUGCCAUUCUCAAUGUUGUAAAUCAUAUCCCAGAGUCCAAGGAGAUUGCCUUGAAUGAGCUUUGUGACUUUAUCGAGGAUUGCGAGUAUCCAGACUUGUCGGUCCAGAUCCUUCACUUGCUGGGCCAGGAAGGCCCUUUGACAUCGUCACCAUCAAAGUACAUUCGUUACAUCUUCAACAGAAUAUCGCUGGACAGCGGCACGAUUCGUGCUGCCGCCGUCUCCUCGCUGGCCAAGUUUGGACUGCUCUUUGAGCCAAUGAGACACAAGAUCAUCAUCUUGAUUCAGCGCUGUCUGCAGGACGAGGACGAUGAGGUCCGUGACAGAGCCACGCUCUACCUGGCACUGCUCAAGAGUGACAACGUCAAGCUGCUCAACAAGUUGCUGAUGGAUGACAUCCCCGUGCCUCUUGCAAACCUCCAACGCUCAUUGGAGGCCUACGUCGAGUCGCCAUCAGCAGAGCCAUUCGACAUCACCAAGGUGUCGACGGUGAUUGAGGUCGUGUCCCCAGUGAUGGGCGACAAGUCAGCACCAACCAAGCAGCAGCAAGCGAGUGGUCCAUCCACACCAAAGAUGCAGUCACAGCAACAGGAAAAGGUAUCGGCACAGGAGAGCUACGCCUCCCAGCUGUCGGCCAUCCCACAGUUUGCCGCCUAUGGCAAGCUGCUCAAGUCCAGCGAGUUUGUCGAGCUCACCGAGACUGAGACCGAGUACGUGGUCAACUGCGUCAAGCACAUCUUUGCCGAGCACAUCGUCUUCCAGUUCAACAUCACCAACACACUCAACGAUCAGCUGUUGGAGAACGUCUUUGUCAAGAUGGUACCAUCCAACCCCAAGCUGGUGAAGCUCGAGUGCUACCUGCCUGUGGACUCUCUGCCCUAUGGCGACCCCGCAUCGUCCUACGUCGCCAUCCGCAUCCCACCCGAUGCAACUCCGACACUGGCCUUUGCUAACACACUCAAGUUCAAGGUGCGCGAGAUCGACCCAUCGACUGGCGAGCCCGACGACGGAGGCUUUGACGAGCAGUACAAGAUCGAGGACUUGGAGCUGCUGCCCAAGGAUUAUAUGCAGCGCGCGAUGUGUCCCAACUUCCAGGAGGAGUGGAAGCGUCUGCCCGAGGAAAUCCAAUCGGUGCAGACCUUCCAGCUCGUGACGAUCAAGACCAUCGACGACGCCAUCAAGGAGCUCAUCAAGACGCUGUCGAUGGCGCCAUGCGAGAAGUCCGAGGUUGCACAGCCCAAGGCCAACAAGCACAUUCUCUAUCUGUCUGGACGCUUUGUCAAUGGAGUCAGUGUUCUGGUGCGUGCCAGGAUGAAGAUCGAUGGCAAUGGACAGAACACAGACGUAGAGCUCACUGUCAAGUCAGAGGAUGAGAUCGUCAAUGAAUUCGUCACAUCAGCAUAUGUCUAG